AUGGAGGUAAAUAUUGAUCAAGCGGUUAAUAUAAUGCUUCAACCGCACGUAGACCCUUCAUUGAAACAACAGGCUAUAACGUUUUGUGAUCAGAUAAAGAAUUCUCCUGAAGGAUGGCAAGUGUGUCUUUCUCUUUUUACAAAAAUACCCAAAGUAUCAGAACAAACAAGACUAUUUGCUUUACAGGUUUUAGGAUAUGCUAUCAAAUCAAGGAUUAAUGACUUAACACCCCAAUCUCUCAAUUUUAUAAAAAACCAGAUUUUUGAUUGGGUUAUACAGGAGUUUUCUCCAAUGAGAAUAGAAGAUACAGAUCCUCCAUUUUUGCAUAGCAAGCUUUCUCAUUUUUUUGCUUUACUAUUCAUUACAUUGUAUACUACAUCAUGGUCUUCUUUUUUUACAGAUAUUUUUGCUCUCAUACAAAAUUCCUCAUCACAAAAUGAAAAGUCUUCUGCAAAAGCAGCUGAAUUCUAUCUUAAAAUUCUUCUUUCUAUCGAUGAAGAAAUAGCAGAUCAACAUACUUCCAGAGAACCGAACCAAAUUUCUAGAAAUAAUUCACUUAAAGAUAAAAUUCGUCAAAAUGAUAUGCAUCGUUUAACAGAAUCGUGGUAUAGACUUAUGAUCCAAUAUCAGCAAACAAAUAAAAAUAUUGUUGAAUUCUGUAUGAAAGUAAUAAGUAAAUAUGUUUCAUGGAUAGAUAUAUCUUUAAUCGUCAAUAAUUCAUAUAUGACUUUUAUUUUCGGACUUCUAGGCGAUCAACAACUUCGCAAUACUGCAUGUGAAACUCUUGUCGAAAUUGUUAGCAAGAAAAUGAAGCACACUGAUAAACUUGAACUAAUAUUUCUUCUUAAUAUUACAGAUCAUAUAAGCAAUUUAGAUUUAACUAGUGAUCCAAAUUUUACAGAAAACAUCGCAAAACUUGUCAAUGCACAAACUAUUGAACUUAUUUGUAUAUGCAAUGAUAAUAUGAUGUCCAAAGAAAUUUAUAUAAAAGCAGAUUCUCUUCUUUUUAAUACAGUUCCAUUCAUUCUUCAAUUUCUUUCAAAUGAAUAUGACGAUACUUCAUCAGCUGUUUUUCCAGCCUUGAAUGAUUUAUUGGCUCUGAUUCGAAAACAAAAAAAAAGAGGGCAAAUGGAUUCAUCUCGAAACGAUUUAUUAAAAUCUAUUUUAAAUGCAUUAAUUAUAAAAACAAAAUAUGAUAAAUCCUCAGAUUGGUUAAAUGAAGCACAAGCUGAUGAAAACGCAAAAUUUUUAGAAAUAAGGAAAAAACUUCGAACUUUCCAAGAUAUGGUCGGAUCUAUUGAUUAUGACCUUUAUUGUAACUGCAUUCUGAAUUUAGUAACUAAUGGAUUAAACAAAGGAUUUUCUGAAGUAAGCUGGAGACAUUUAGAACUCAUUCUAUAUGAAAUAUUAUCUUUUGGGGAAAAUUUAAAAGUCACCACAUAUGUAAAUAAUAACAAUAAUAAUUCAUUUACUAUAUUAGGACAGCUACUUGGAAUGAUAAUAAAUUCAGAAAUAUCAUCAUAUCCUCAUCCAUCUAUUCAGCUCCAUUAUUUAGAGAUAGCAGUUAGAUAUGUAUCAUUUUUUGAGUUCCAACCUUCACUUAUUCCUAAAGUUCUUGAAGCUAUGGUAGAUCAACGAGGACUAUAUCAUCAUAAUACUCAUGUAAAAAAAAGAGCGUGCUAUCUUUUUUCAAGAUAUAUUCGUCUUUUAUCAAAUAAAAUAGGGAACUAUGCAGAAACUACACUAAAAGCUAUUCAAGAUUUACUCGUUGUAAAAAUAAAACAUAUAUCAAAUACUAAUACUGAUAAUAAUGUUAAUACUGAUAUUACAACUGUUAAAGACUUAAUCGACAGCACAUUAUAUCUCUUUGAAGCAGCUGGACUACUUAUAUCUUUAGACACGAUAGAUAAAACCAAGAAAAUAUGUUUAACAGAGUCUAUUCUUAAACCACUUUUUUCAGAUCUCCAAAUAUGUCUUUCACAAGAUAUAAAUGAUAAUAAUAAUAUUUUACAUAUUCGUAAUAUUAUUAUGGCAGUUGGAAAUUUUGCUAAAGGGUUUCCUGAUAUAUCUCGUAAAUCUUCUAUUAUAAAUCCUAUUUCAGAAACCUUUUUGCAAGCGAGUGAAUUUAUUCUUAUUGCUUUAGAGACUUUAAAACACGAAGAGAUAAUAAGAGAAGCGGCACGUUUAUCUUUUGUAAGGUUAACAAACAUACUCGAUCUUGAAAUAUUGUCCAAAUUUCCACGUUUGAUAAACGGGUUAUUGUCAGAAAGCAAAACAUCUGAAAUAAUUGACUUUCUUCCAUUUCUUGGGUUACUUGCUCAUAGAUUUAAGUCAAAUAUAUAUGAUAUAUUGAAUACUUUAUUUACGCCUCUUUUAAAUAGAAUUUUUCAAUCUCUUAACCAACCAGCAGAAGGUACAGACGAUAUCAUUAACCAAAAUGAUCUCAAAAAAAAAUACCUUGAAUUUGUUUUAGGAUUACUUAAUAAUGAUUUAGAUUCGGUUUUUAUAAGCGAUGUUAAUCAACCAAAUUUUGAAGCAUUUCUUCAAAGUAUCAUCCAUUUUGCAGCAAAUAUAUCAGAUCCUUCAAUAGAAAAAAUAGCAUUUUCUAUUUUAAACAAAAUGAUUACAUUAUGGGCAUCUGAUCAAUCUCAAAUAAGUGAUAUUAAAAUUAAAAAAACAGUUUCUGGAUUUGAUCAAUUCAUAUUUCAAUCGCUUUCUUCACUUUGUUUUGAAGUUCCUUCAAAACAAUCCUUUAACCCACAAGAUACGCAAACUAUCACUGUUUUAAGUGAAAUAUCAAACCUUCAAUUCACAAUAUUUCAAAAAAAACAAGCAGAAUUCGAAAGAUAUUUAUGUAAUAUAUAUUUUCCUUCAGUAAAUAUUCCUAAAGAAAUAGCUAAUGAAUAUAUCGAAGCACUUAAGCAUUUAAAUGCAAAACAAUUUAAAUUUUUUUUUCAGAAUUUUAUUAAUAAUCUAAGACAAAAUACAACUUUAUAA